CGCGGAAGUCGAAAGUCAGCUGAUGUUCGUAUGGUUCAGCUGGAAGUUGUUUGGGUAAAGCUCGUAUAAAUUUGAAACGUUUAUUAUUACUUUGUCGUACUUUUCCUUUAAAUUAUGUUGCGUCCUAAAGCACUAACACAAGUACUCAGUCAAGCAAACACAAGUGGCGUGCAAAGCACAUUAUUAUUGAAUAAUGAAGGCUCCCUGCUGGCCUACUCUGGUUAUGGAGACACUGAUGCGAGAGUCACUGCAGCUAUUGCCAGCAACAUCUGGGCGGCCUAUGACAAAAACGGACAUCAGGCCUUUAAUGAGGACAAACUGAAAUUAAUUCUGAUGGAUUGUAUGGAGGGCAGGGUGGCCAUUACCCGUGUUGCGAACUUGUUGCUUUGUAUGUAUGCCAAAGAGACUGUAGGAUUUGGAAUGCUUAAAGCCAAGGCUGAAGCCCUAGUGCAGUACCUUGAAGAACCACUAACCCAAGUGGCAGCUUCAUAGGGUGUUUUUUUUUUUUUUUUUGUCUCUCUAAUGCUUAUGGCAGUAUUUGUUUAUAUUAAAUCCCAGUUGCACAUAUUGAGCAGAAGCUUCUCAAGAACUUGCCUUUUAGGAUGUGAAAAUAUAUUAUCUAUGCCUUUAUUUAUUUGCAUACUCUAACAAAUUGAGCACCUAUUACACUCAUAAUUAAUCUUUGCUUGAGCAUGAAUGAAGUUUUACUAUUUUUCUUGUUUUGUUCUCAAUAAGAUUUUUGCAUUUGGUGAACAGGCUUUGUAUAGUGUUCAGCAAUAUGAAAAUUAAAUCAUUUUUUUGUUGU